CUGAAGCAUACUCAGAAGCAGGAAGCAGUGUCCUGUCACUUUGCCUGAACACUCUCCUGCAAGCUGCACAGAGUAGCUAGUCCAGAACAAGCCAUCGUUCUCACCAGCAGAGGCUCAGAGCAUCAGAGCCUCUUGUCUCAUGGAAUGAGAACUCCUUUCUAGCACAAGGGGAAAUACCUGUCUUGUUUGUGGUUAUAGAGAUAAGGAGUGAAGAGAACGGCUAAAAAGCAUGUCAGAGUUCUGGUUAAUUUCUGCACCGGGGGAUAAAGUAAAUCUGCAGGCCUGGGAGAGGAUGAACACAGUGACAUCCAAAGCCAACCUAUCCAGCAACAAUAAAUUCCUCAUCCCAGACCUCAAGGUGGGGACAUUGGAUGCUCUUGUUGGUCUCUCAGAUGAGCUGGGAAAACUUGAUAGCUUUGCUGAAAGCGUAAUAAAGAAAAUAGCACAGUACAUAGGAGAAGUUAUGGAGGAUUCAAAGGAUAAAGUCCAGGAGAAUCUUCUGGCCAAUGGAGUUGACCUAAUUAGUUAUCUGACCCGGUUUGAGUGGGACAUGGCCAAAUAUCCCAUAAAACAGCCACUGAAGAAUAUUUCAGAAGCAUUAGCAAAGCAAAUUACACAAAUAGAAACAGACCUGAAGUCCCGAACAGCAGCAUACAACAACAUUAAAGGAAAUUUGCAAAGCCUGGAAAGAAAAACAGUGGGAAAUCUGUUGACUCGUACAUUAGCUGAUAUAGUGAAUAAAGAAGACUUUGUGCUGAAUUCAGAAUAUCUCAUCACUCUUCUAGUUGUAGUUCCAAAGUCGAACUAUGCACAAUGGCAAAAAACAUAUGAAUCCCUCUCGGACAUGGUAGUGCCUCGAUCCACAAAAUUGAUUGCUGAGGAUGCAGAGGGUGGACUGUUCACUGUAACACUGUUUAGAAAAGUGAUGGAUGAUUUCAAAGCCAAAGCCAGAGAAAACAGGUUCAUGGUCCGAGAAUUUUAUUUUGAUGAGAAAGAAAUGAAAUGUGAAAAAGAAGAAAUGAUGAAGUUAGCUUCUGAAAAGAAACAACAGUAUGGGCCGCUAUUGCGUUGGCUGAAAGUGAACUUCAGUGAAGUAUUUGUGGCUUGGAUUCAUGUGAAAGCCCUGAGAGUUUUUGUCGAAUCUGUCCUGAGGUAUGGCCUACCUGUGAAUUUCCAGGCAAUGCUGCUGCAGCCCACCAAAAAGUCUGCAAAACGCUUGAGAGAUGUUCUUCAUGCAGUCUUCAAACAUCUGGAUGAAGUGGCAGCAGCAAGUAUAAUGGAUAUGAGCAUGGACAUUCCUGGCUUACAACUGAGCAAUCAAGAAUACUAUCCUUAUGUCUAUUUCAAGAUUGACCUCAGUCUUCUUGAUUACAGUUAAGAAAAAUAAGUCAAGCUUGACUUACUCUGUGCACCUGUUCCUGUAGAGUUAUGCUCUUCAGCCAUUAACAAUCAAAUUAAAAGGCAGACAACCUGCUUAGUUGGAUAAUUUUAUACGAAUUCUUCUGCAUAUGUAGCAUAGUAAUUUAAAUUGUCAAUCUACUCCACUUUAUUUUCAAAGUGUUUUAUUAUUUUAUAGUGUCUCUACUUCAUAAGGUUAGAAAACAUGCUUCAUUAGCAGGUGGAUUUUUAAAUUUAUUUUUAAGUUACAAAGAGGGGGAUCAUUGUUACUGUAAUUCAAAAUAAAAUCAAAAGUUAAAAUAGGCUGGUAGGUAGAGAUUAGCUAGCAAUAUACAAUCAUUUUUUCUAACAUUUGUCUUUUCAACUAUAGUUUGAUGUUUUUAAUAUAACAAAUCAAGGAAAUCCUGCUCUUCUUAAAACCAGAAAGGGUAUUUUUUUCAAAAGCUCCAAGUGCCUAAAUCAUUUUUAAAGACAACUUAAGAGCACAAGAACACACUAAAACUGCAGCAGUAGUACAGUUAUACUGAUGCAACUGUAGCACUUAGUGGAGACAAUGCCUAUCACUGAAGGCCAGUUUCAAAACUUCACAUCUAAACAAAAGAAUUGACUGCAAAGCUUUUGUAAGUACUUAUUUGUUACCCAUUACUACCACCUUCCAUCAACUCGUCAGAGUGAAAGACAUUUUCAAGACAAUUUGGGUAGGGGUAGAUUUAUAAAGUUACUGUUGUGAAAAGGAGCUUUCAGUUAUUCCACCGCCUUAUCUCAAACAGGUCAGUUCCAUGUACAGUAACUCUGCUUGACACUGAUACAAUAGGGGGCCAAGAGCAAAAUGUUAAUUUAUUUAAUACCUUUGGCCUUACAUUUUUAUAAUAUUGAUUUUUACAAAUAUAGUAAUAACUAUACCCAACAUCAAAAUGCAACCACCCCAGGGCGAGACGGUAAAUAUUUCAACAACGUAAAAUGGGAAGCAAAGAAUACCAGUGCCAGUGGAAAAUGCAGAGGAAAUAUAAGGAGGCAGAACAUAAUCACCCAAGUUGGAAUUUGGCCAGGAUGCUGGAGAUAACACCUGGGCUCCGCUGAAGAGACCAGUAUCAGUUUUAGGCAGAGAGAUAGAAAGCAGCAGUUACAGCAGCUCUUUGACCUUUCACACUCUGGCAUGCCACUGGCUCACUACCAACUAAAAGGAAAACUGCCACUUUCUGAAAUCAGUAGCAGGUUUCGCAGUCCUGCAUUUUCCUUAGACGUUUCCCAUUCAAGCACUGACACAGCUAUUGGACAAGACCACAACUUGAGGUGGUGUGAAGUUUCCAAAAAACUGAAAAUAGGAGAAAAGGGAAGACUACAAAGAGCAUUUAAAACCAAGAUUGUCUUCUUGACAGGUUUGCCUGAAGAUAAGACUAGUUUUAUAGUGUUGGAGUAAUUGAAGAGCCUUGCAGCACCAUUCUUUGAUAUAUACGAUUCACUUUGCACCAGUCAUCUGAACCUGGGCAUUUUUUACUCUAUUAUUCUAUGUCAAAAAUAUCUUGUUUUAUUCUUUAAUUGAAACAGAAGCUAGUCAAGUUCCAUCUGAAUGGAAAAAAAA